AUGGAGGAGAUUAAAAGAAUGGUCACUUGGCUACCAGUUUUAGGAAGAUUUACUCGUGUUUCAUUUAUGGGUACUGGAUUAACGGAUGAUCCGACAACGUUAUUAUCCGGUUUUACUGGUUUGAUUAUAUUGAUGAUCCCAGGUAAUCCUGGAAAUGAACAAUUCUAUGCGCAUUUUGGGCAAACCAUUUUGAGCAAAAUCUCAAGAAUUAUGCAAAUAUCGAGGGAAAAUUCUCUGUUUUGUACAAUAUCUCACCUGAAUCAUGUUCCUUUACCUGAAAAGUACUCGGAAUUAAGCAUUUACAGCUACGCUGAUCGUGUCUCAUUAGUUGAUCAAAUUGAAUAUAAAUUCAAUUUUUGCAUUCAAUAUUUACCUAAAACAGCAAAAUUCAUUCUCAUUGGACAUUCUAUUGGUUCUUAUCUAAUGUUAAGGAUAUUACCUGAUUUGCUGAAGCAUAAGUUCAAUGUUAUUCGUUGUAUAGCUUUAUUUCCUACCAUUGAACAUAUGGCAGAAUCACCAAAUGGUAAACGUCUUUUACCAUGGCUAAAGAAAUGUCGUAAUUGGGAUGGUACUGUACAGAUGAUGCUCUCCUGUCUGCGAUAUUUGCCUAAUUCUGUAAAAGAGCGCAUCUGUACUUUUCUUAUGGGAAAUGGUUGUAGGUAUUUUCCACCUUGCAUACUACAAAGUGCCAUUGAGAUUAUCGAUGUAAACGUUAUUCGAAAUAUUAUUUUUAUGGCAGUGGAUGAAUUAAUUACGGUUUCAAACUUGGAUGAAUCCCUUCUGUACCACAGUAAUCGUUGUCGUUUCUUGUAUGGAACUGUGGAUCAAUGGUGUCCGUUGCGUUAUGCUUUAGAAAUGCAAAAAAGGCUUGGAAAUGAUCUAGUUAUAAUUGACGACAAAAAAUGCGAGCAUGCUUUCGUGUUAAAUCACGGAGAAUUGGUCGCCAAUGAAGUUGUAAAAUGGAUUACUGAAUGUUAUGACUAA